GUGUCUUUCUGCAAUUAACAGACAGACGAGGGUUCCGUGAAUUAACAGAUGGAAUCUCUGUGAUAACACAUUUCAUAUCAAAGGCAUUUAAAGAUUGUGGCACAUUAAAGCUGAGGUAACUAGUUGUUGGAGAUUAAAGUCGAAGUAACUACCAUGACGGCCAAAGAAGAGAAGAACCAGCUGUUUUCAAGACGAAACCACCAGCCUGUUUGUGGUGAUAGGAUUUGUGGCUUUGUGGGCAACGCUACAAUCAGCAGCUACAACCAUGUUGCCGUGUUCCGGUCAACUGACAGAAGAAGAAAAGGCCCUGAUGAGAAAAUAUGCAGAGCUCAGGAAAAAGUAUCGUCGAACAAGCCCACCAUUGACCCGAGAAAAGCAACAGAGCAAGCAAGGACUCUUGCUUUGUCAGGUUCCCUGAGCAUCUUCAGGAAAGAGAACAAGAAGUCUGGCUUUAAAGCCCCUCUCCACAGAGAGCCAAAGAAUAAGAAAUCCAAGUCGGUCGGUUCAAGUGACCACAGCCAGGACCAGGAAGACGCAGGUGCCAUGUCCUCCAGCCAUGACACAGAGGACAGAGAAGAAGAGCCAGAGCUGGACAUGGAGCAGGACACAGACCAGGACUCCAACAGAGACGGCGGCAGUCACAGGGAUCAGGAGGAAGAAAGAAGCGGAGACGGGGAUCGAGACCAAGACGGGAACCAUGACGGAGACAGAGAUACGACUGUCAGAUCAUCAGGUUUGUACCUUUGCUGUCAAGGAAAGCAGAAGGGUAAUACUGUGUAUGUUGGUGGCUCUGUGCUCGAGGAGGACAGCCUGCGCGCUGCCUUCUCUCAACAUGGAAACAUCAUCCAACUCAGAAUGGACAACAUACGCAGUGGGGCAUUUAUCACCUUUGACAAGAUUGAGUCUGCAGACCAGGCUGUGGCAAAGUUGCAUGGAUCCACACUGGGAAACGUUAGCAUCACAGCCGGCAUCGCCAGACGGCAGCCCAUGCUGGAUGCUGCCACUGACAAGUCCAUGUGGUUAACCAGUUCUUCAGCAGGCGAGCAGACGAGUACGACAGGCUCCCACAACUAAGAUGUGUACAGUGAGGAGAGUUCUAAUUUAUUGUUUAAAGACUCUAUGUUAUUGGUGUGCCUCAUUUUGACCGUCAUAAACAAACACGAUUGAACAUGAUUUGUAAUUUAUUGUGUUCAUGUUUCACUUCAUUAGCAACUAACGCCGUCAACCGACACUGAAUUUUAACACCUUCCUAACAAAAGCUUUUAAAGGCAAAAAAUAAUGUGAAGCAAUUAAUCAAGCUGAUUUAUAAGGAUACCGACAUCCGGUUUUCACGUACACUAUGUUACAUAUAUACAGGAUAAUGUGACGUCAUGGACGUACAGUUUAUCAAUGUGUUUUUGUCCGCAUCACUUCACAGCAUGUUGCACGAAACACAGUCGUCUUCAACCUUGGAGAAGAAAAGGUUGGAAAAUCAAGUUUUUUUUCUUAGAGGUAUUUGCUGCGAGACUUUUCCCUUUACUUAUAUAUUAUAUUAUAUUAUAUAUUACAUUAUUUAGAACAAAUAAAAUAGUUGCAGAUAUACGUUAUAAUGGUUAACCUUGCAUGACAGGAGUGGUUGCAAUGUGAAGUCUCGCAGCUGCGAUGGUUGCGCUCUCAACUAGGUUGAUGCGUUCUGCAAACCAUAUCAGUGGACGUCAGCGAACCACUCAGUUCUAACUAAGUCAGUAAUAUACGUACUUACCUUCAAAGUCAAGACACCACAGCGACAGUAGAGCCAUCCUGCUGAUCUUUGUGCGGCACCGUCUGUGUUCCCCACUGCUCCUUAGAGACAUUUCUUCUCAGUCUUCAGCAAUUUUCUGUGCAGAUACCCACAUCAAUGACCAAACAUUUUAAAAUAACUACAACUGAGUUAGUUAUACUAACAAUUAGUGUGCUAUAGUUCAUACCUUCUUACCUCCAAUUUGUCUUUCAUAGAGUGCCUCAUUUCCCAUGGGGCCAAUCACGACGAUGGUCUUCUCCUCCAUCCUGACAAUCUGUCAACAUUUUACAGUAUGAAUGAGUUCAUCCUAAGCAGUCUUUAAAUAAGUUCUAUGUUUAGUGGUGCUAGAAUUCCAGUGAGCUCCAACAAUAAUAACAAUGUUAUUAAUAAAGAUAACGAAGGCUACACCAAACAAAAUUUUAUUAUGCAUGAUCUCAGGAUGCAGUCAGCUAGGAUUGGCUCCAGCAGCCCCGUGACCCUCAAGUGGAGGAUAAAGUGGUAGAAAAUGAAUGAGUGAAUGAUGUAAAACAAAUCAGGUCUUCAUUUUACGGAAAUAUGGAAACUUAAUUUUAAACAGAAUCAUUAAAUCAGAGGGGUGUAGGAUGUAUGAGAAUAAUGUGCUACGUAUUUUUUUUGCUAUAGGUCUUACGGGAGUUAGUUACUUAGAGAUAGGGUGAGGAGCUCGGACAUCUGGGAGAGGCUCGGAGUAGAACCGCUGCUCCUGCACGUCGAGAGGAGCCAGCUGAGGUGGACGCCUCCCUGGGGAGGUGCUUCAGGCACGUCCUUCUGGGAGGACACCCCAGGGCCGACCCAGGACACACUGGCCUGGGAACGCCUUGGAAUCACUCCAGAGGAGCUGGUAGAAGUGGGUUUCCUUGCUACGGCUGCUGCCUCCACCCAGAUUAAG